CACUCAAAACGGCUGAAAUGGACGACAGAGGCGGAUGAAGAAUUUGAUAAGAAGAAGGAGGAAAUGGAGCUUUGCGAUACGGAUCAGCAGUUGCUUGAAUGGUCUAUGCGCGAGGUGUUUGGGCAGUCUCAGCAAUACGAGGAACGCGGGCGGAAUGCUAUUGCUAAAGCCGAGGAACAGCCCGCUUCAGGCCUUACCCCAACCUCGAACACAAGUGACGCAAAUCCACCGCCACAACCUGCAUCUAUGCACCCUGAACUCCAACACCCGACUUAUCCCUACCUCAUCGCGCACCUCAUGCGCUCUUUCCGUGAUAAAUACCGUGAUCCCCACCUGGCUCUCUCCAUCUUCGACUACGCCCGGCACUUAAGCAUCCCAAGCUACGUAUUCGGGUGCACCACUCCCGCAUACAACGAGUUGAUAGAAACCCGCUGGUCAUGUUUCCGCGACCUCAGAGGCGUGCACGACGCACUCGAAGAGAUGCGCGUCAAUGGCGUCGAGCCGGAUGGCAGAACCAAGAAACUCGUCGAAAAACUAAGGCGCGAAGUAGGCGCGCGCACGAUUUGGGAAGAGGAGUCUGUGUUUGGGAGUGGAGAGGUCGUUGGAAUGUUGUCUAAGAUCGAGCAGCUUACUAUCAAGGAGCCGAGAAGGAAACAGGGGAAAAGGCCGGGCAAGAAAUUGCCGGCUUUGGAUGCAUGGAAGGGCGAUGCGCUCAAGGAGGAUGUGGAGGACGGGUAUGAGUUCGGCCAGUGGAGUUCUGCCAAGUCGCAGCCAAAACGUUGGAAACAAGACUCAUCACGGACAGCUGUCACCGGGCUGGAUGAUUUGCUGGAUGCCAAGAUGCUGGGCGAAGACCAGCUGGAAUUCAAAUAGCCUAUUAACCUACACAUUUUUGUCGUAAUUCACAAGGAGAGGUGGGGGUGUGUGCUACUCUGAUGAAUGA